AUGCUGCCGGCGGGGCGGCGGGUCAACCUCCGCGGCGUCGCCGUCGGGAACGGGCUCACGCACCCGUUCGCGCAGGUCGCCACGCAUGCCGACUCGGCCUACUUCACGGGGCUCGUCAACGCGCGGCAGCGCGGCGAGCUGGAGGCGCUGCAGGCGGUGGCGGUGGCGCUGAUGAAGGCCGCGCGGUGGCGGGAGGUGGCCGACGCGCGGGGCCGCAUGCUCGACUGGCUGCAGAACGCCACGGGCCUCGCCACGCUCUACGACUAUGCCAAGCAGCGGCCGUACGCGUCCGCGGGCGUCGGCAAGUUCGUCAAGGCGGCGCUGGGCGCGCGCCCGGACGUGACGUGGGAGGAGUGCAGCGACGCGGUGGGGGCGGCGAUGCACGAGGACGUGAUGAAGAGCGUGCUGCCGGAGGUGGAGGCGCUGCUCCAGCAGACGCGCGUGCUGCUCUACCAGGGCAUCCGCGACCUCCGGGACGGCGUCGUGUCCCAGGAGGCGUGGAUGAAGGAGCUAAAGUGGGGCGGCCUGCGCGCGUUCCUGGACGCCGAGCGCGCCGUGUGGCGGACCGGCGAAGGGGACGGGCAGGAGCUCGCCGGGUACGUGCAGCGGUCGGGGGCGCUGACGCAUGUGGUGGUGUACGGCGCUGGGCACCUCGUGCCGGCGGACAACGGGCGCGCGACACAGGAGAUGAUUGAGGGUUGGGUCACGCAGACGGGUGUGUUCGGCGGCGGCAUGAGGUAGCGCGGCCUGCUGCCGGCCGGCAACCGCAUCAAGGCGACGGCGACCUGAUGCUUCCAGCUUGACAAAGCUGCUUUCUUGCUGCGAAGAAAAUGGUUCAAGAAUAAUGAUUUUUCUUUUACUGAAUUUCGGUCCUAUCAUCGAAAAAAUUGAUUCUACUAAGAAACAAUCGGAGCCAA